AUGUCCGGCAGUAAUACCCCCAAUGCCGCCGGCGACAGCAGCAAGGCCGCCGCCGGUGACUGCACCGGGGCGUGGAGGCUAGUCCUGGGCGUCUCCUUUCUAUCGUUCUUCCUCCUCGCCUGGGAAUUUCACGGGUUCUUUAGUACCGACGUCGGGCGCUCCUAUUGGUCCGUCCCCCUCUCGGUUCCUCCACGGACACCCUCCCACGGAACCACCCUAUCCCCCUUUCCCAGUCCUCAGGUAAGAGAAGGAGGCAGCGGCAGUGGGCCAAGGGUAGGGCGGAAGAUGGGGGAAGGCUCCGAUGACGAAAAGACCGCCACUUCCAGCGUCGUCCAUGGCAGGGCGAGCUGCGGCGGCGGCGCCUGGGAGGUGGUAAGGGAGGAGUACACCUUCCCCCAGGGAUCCGCCCCUUUCAGUAACUGCCACGCAUCCACCAUCGUCGAGGCAAGCAUGAGCUUACCCGCCCCCCUCAUCCUUCCCUCUCGGGGUUGUUACAUUCUGAUCGAGCUCUUCCGCCGUUUCGGUGACAGCUCGAGGAGGGCCAGUUCCUCGUUGCUUACUUUGGAGGUACCAGAGAGGGCGCCAACGAUGUCAAGAUCUGGCUACAGAGACACAGCGUGCGGUCAUAAUAGAACAAAAGAAUGAGAAGCGUAUGCGAUCCUCCUUAAGUUUUUUCAUAGAUCGAGCUCCCCAUUUUUGCAGGAUGGGACAUGGCAGCCUCCGAUGAUAGCCGACGAAGAAGCUGGUGUCCCGAUGUGGAACCCUGUUCUGUUCAAGCUCCCCUCCAACGAGCUGCUCCUCUUCUACAAGAUCGGCCAGGAGGUUCAAAAGUGAGUCCUCCCCUCUUAUCCUGCUGCCAGACCAUGACCAUGUGCUGUGAGCUAUAUUAAUUACCAUGGGCGGAUGGAAACGGCAGAUUUCUGUUGGAUCCCAUACCGAUUGAUGGGAAUACUACUUAGUUGGUCAUUUGAGUCGGGAGGGAAUUUAUUAUUCUCCCUCCAUUACCUGGAGGAAACCCGUACCCUCUCCCUUUCGAUCUAUCCACUAGCUGUCACCCUCUUGAAUCGCUUCGGCAUCCACCGAUGAGCUGAUGAGCUGAGCUGCAGAGAGGCCUUGUCUCAGACGUUUGGAGGCUGAGUCUCUCGACACUUCGGUGCUUAGUAGUUGUUCGUCACAACCCCCGUGAAACAGGUGUCAGUUCAGAUUAAUUAUGGAACAUCACGUUCUUCUCCCAGUCCGUCAAUUGAAGGAAGAGCUUUCCUGGCGGAGUCUGGUGUGCGCCAUUACUGAAUUCUGCUCAUAUCUGGUCGUUGACUGCGAGAUGCGAUCUGGGCUGACUACGGAUGAAAACUCAGGUGGAGCGGGUGCAUGAGGCGAUCGUCCGACGACGGGAUCAGCUGGUCCGACCGGGAACAGCUUCCUCCGGGUGUUCUGGGCCCGACCAAGAACAAGGCAAGAGAGAUGGCUAUCAUCCAGUCCACGCGGCACGAGGAGGUAGAAACAUGCCUGUAACACCGCUGUUUGCUUGCUUGCUGCAGCCCAUCUUGCUGGACGACGGCCGUCUGCUCUGUGGAUCCUCCGUGGAAAGCUGGAAUUCGUGGGGAGCGUGGAUGGAGGUGAUUAGAUUACUAGCGCAGAGAGCGAGAGAGAAAGGGAGAAAGCGAGGUCGGCGUACUCAUGACGGCGGCUCGUGUAACGCGUAUGGCUGGCAGGUCACCGAAGAUCGCGGCCGGACAUGGAGGAAGCACGGGCCGAUAUACAUCCAGGACCAGACGCUGGGGGUCAUCCAGCCGGUGCCGUUCUUGACUGCGCGAGGAACGCUGCGCGUUCUACUGCGUUCGUUCGAGGGCAUCGGGAAAGUCUGCAUUGCCGAGUCGUCGGAUGGAGGCCUGACCUGGAGCUACGCAGAGCCCACGCAGCUCCCUAACCCGAACUCAGGUUCAUCGUUUACAUCUAUUUAGUCGACCCGCGGCGGCGCUCCCCUCUCCAGGGAGGGACGACGACGCGACGAGGACUCACGGUUGUGGGGAUAUCCCGCAGGAAUCGACGGCGUGAAGCUGAGGGACGGGCUUCUGCUGCUGGCCUACAACACGGUCUCGAGGGGUGUGCUGAAAAUAGCCGUCUCGGAGGACGACGGGGAUUCCUGGGUGGAGGUCAUCACCUUGGAGGACACACCGGGGAUGGAGUUCUCCUACCCCGCCGUCAUCCAGACCAGCGACGGGUCCGUCCAUGUUACCUACACCUACAACAGGACCCAGAUCAAGGUGAGCUAA